AUGUAAUAUCAAUUUCCUCUGGAAUAAGCAGUUAAUAAAGAAUGUAGAAAAACAUAAAGUGCAAAUAAAUGUCGAGGUGGAGAAUCGCAGAAUAAAUUGUACUAAAACUUUACUCAUAAAAAUUCAAGCUAACCUAAAGUGGUGAAUCUCUUUCGAAGUUUUUUGUUUGAUAAUAUAUUAUUAUAGAUCAUCCAUCUAGAUCUAAUCACUAUUUAAAAACUUCGAUAGAUGUUCAUGAAAUAAACAAAUCUAAAAAAUCUGUUACUUCUCAUCAAAGAAUUAAAACAGAAAUGGAUAAACCUAAUGACUUUAAUAAACGAUUUUAUCCAAAUGAGAUCUAAAUGUUUUUAAGUAAUAUUUGAGGUUGAUAUGAUAGAUUAGGUUGAUAUUUAGAAGAACAAAUUGAAUUUGUUAAAUAAGAUUGUAAAUAAUAAAGUUAAUCGAUUGAAAGCAGUUAAAGUUAAUUAAAGAAGGUUUCUUCCCUAUAAUAUAUAUAGUUUAUAGAGAAAUCUAUGAUUGCAAUCAUUCCAAAUAAUCUAGUUAACCGAAUCUUUAAGAUUAAAUUAUGAAAAAGACCAACAAUUAUUUAAGUAUUAAAUAUUGUUAAUAUUAGGAAACAACAACAAUGGAUAGUUAACUCCAAAUAAUAUUGAUGAGAAUCCUUAAUUUAAUUACUUCUAACAUAAAAUAGAAUAUCGAAAUCGAAGAAGUAAUUAUAUAAGAUCAGAUGAUGUAACACCUUUAAGAAGAUCUGUAUUUUAAUAGAUUCAAGAUUAUAGUGAUACUAAAUUUGAGUAUAAAAAUAAAUUAAUUUAUUAUAGUUAAAUAAAUGUAACAAAGGAAGAAGAUGUAAUGCAAUUUUCAUUUGGAUUGCAGUAUAAUAAAUUGAGAGUACUAAAAAGAUUUCCUAAAGAUAUAUUUUAUGGUGAUGUUCGUAAAGCUAAGAAAAAUCUACAAAUGAUAUGA